AUGCCAGCAUUCGCACCACACAAGUCGACUCACGACGUUUCCAUCAUGGCCUUCGCGACCAACGACCCAUUAAAGCCCGACCAACGAUACGACGCCUUACGCAACACCGACGAUCACUCGGAUUCAAGUACGGAGGUUGACGACUGGGACACAGAAGAUGCAGUCCGGCCGAGACGAAGACGCAAGACGGUGUGGAAGAGGCUGAAGGGCUAUCGCUGGAUACUGGACACGGCGCUUCUCCUCGUCAUUGUGGGGUUGCUGGUGGAGAAGAGAUGGCAAAAGCAUGCGAAAAGCCAUCAAUACGAGCUCGCGGGAGACAUUACAGGAUUUGCGCCAACGUUCUCGCAACAGAUUGUGAGCUUCAAGCCCAGUUCUGUGUUCGCCCCAGAAGAUGCGGCAGAGUUCUGGAGUAACGAGACGCAACAUGCAUGGCUGAGCAUCGUACCAGAGGGCUUGGGCUACGUCAACGUGAAGAAGCCCUCCGAGUACUCAAACCUCCCACACCCGAUACACGACUAUCCCAAUCAUACCGUCUUCACCACAUCCGUAACGCAUCAGCUGCACUGUCUCUAUACUAUACUGGGCGCCUACAACUCCAUGAAGCUGAUGGUCGCGUCACCUGUGUCAGCGAACCCUGUCAAGAUGCCAUGGCACAUCAACCACUGCUUCGAAUACAUUAGACAGGCGAUAAUGUGCGCUGGAGAUGUGGCGCUGGAAGGGGCUGCGACAAGCUUCCCUGGCGACGAGCAUGGAGAAGAUCGGGGUGGGAGUGACGGUUGGGAUGCGAAGCAUGUGUGCAAAGACUACACACAGGUAUAUGAAUACCUAGAGAAGGAAACGAUCAAUCACAUGAAGUGGAUCUCAUCGGAUUAG